GCCAGACCCGGCCAAUGGGACAGCUGUCGCAAACAACAAGCACACAUUUUAUAACAAGCGAAACCCCCGACAUCUAGAGGAACGUUGCUUGCUUGCCCACCAAGGAAGGCUUGGCCCGAUCAAACCCCACUCUCCGCUUAUCCCACAUCACGCCCGGACCAGUCACCCAAUUCCUACAUUCACUCGCUUCCUCCAAACCCAUCGUCAGCGCCCAACUCUGGCGCCUCAUCCCGGUCAGACAACACAAUUGACAUUUGGCAGAGCAAUUAGACCAUGCCUUCAGACGCCUCCGACACGAACCGGCGGCCCUCAGCCAAGAGGUGGUCGACCACCGAGAGUCUGCGCCGCGGCAGAGGCCCUCCGACAUGCCGCGUCCCUCAGUGUAGAGACACGGCAGUACCCAUUGCUGGAGCCUUUGAUAACGAGAUCCUUCUCUCCCUCUACUGUAAACGACACACAUGCCGAUGGGAAUAUCCGCCCUACGACAGGAGCUGUUGCCCCGAUCCUGUAACGUCAGGGCAAGACUUGUGUGAUCACCACGAGCAACUUCUAUCAUGCGCAUGCACGACGGAACCGUGUUUGCAAAAGAGGGACUACGAAGAAGUUGCCGACAGUGUCGACCCAACGGCCCCUUGGUUUUGUUCUACUCAUCGAUGCGGCCAGGAUAGGUGCGAUAGGGAAGGUACCGGGAGUGACCAACACAAUCGGCGAUGCGACGAGCACAAGCGAUGCGAUGUGCCCGACUGCAUGUCACCACCAGACGUUCAAAAUGACAGCUUCUACUGCAAGAGACACACCUGCAGAAGCGCCCAUUGCCCCAACGUCGCCAAGAAGAACAACCUUUGCACGGAGCAUCAGCGAUGUGUGCGCGAAGGGUGCAACAAACCUCGAUAUUGGCCCGACACUGGACUCGAUGAUCUGGAUGCGCCGCCAUUGUGUGAAACACACUUCAAACAGAAAGCUCGAUGUGCAAACCCAGAUUGCAGCCGACAAAAGGAAAAUGGACAGGGCCGGUACUGUUCCGAGCAUGAGUGUAAGUCCGGAGGGUGCCCAGUGGAGAGAGACAGCUUUGAAAGUCUUUACUGUCACAAGCAUCGCUGUAGGAAGGACGGCUGUCCCAACCCUCUUGUCAAUGGCUCAAGCACCGGCACCGGCAUUUUUUGCCCGCAACAUACCUGCAAGUUCCCAUCAUGUCAGCAAAGCAUCUCCAAGGCCAACUCUUCCCAUUGUGAGAUUCACUCAUGCAGCAAGCCAGACUGCCCCAAUCCCGCCGACAUCAUCGGCAGCUCGAAAACCUCCGGGAAGCCUGGCCCAACCCUCUGCAAGCUACAUAAAUGCAAGAUUGCCUCCUGUCCCGAGGAAGCGAUACCCAUAUCCGACACCACAGCAGGAUACUGCCAUGUCAAGCACGAAUGUAUCGAGGACGCCUGCCAAAAAGGCCGAUUAUACGACGACCAAGGAACACCCUUUGAGCGAUGCGCCGAUCAUGAACGGCAACGGUGGAAAGAUGCGGGGAGGAGAGACGCUGAAGAGGCGAUGGAGGCGGAGGAUGCCGCCAGAAAGAAGAACGAGUUGAAGAAGGACAGGCAACACGCUGAAGAGAAGGACGCAUUGAAAGACGAGAUCAGGCAGUUGAGGGAUAUCAUACACGGACCAGAGGGCAUUGAGACUUUCAGGCAAGAGCUGGAGGAUUUGAGGGCGGAGACGGCCCGAUUACGAGCAGAGAACGAGGGGCUACGAGCAGCCCAUGACGCGCACCAAGCGCGGUUACGCAAAGGGCGAAGACCCUCCAUGGCAGCCACCAGCCCCGGAUUCUACCCCAACGGCAUUCCGACUACAGCUCCCGGACCAGGAGAUUAUCUUCCCUUCAGGCCACCGGACGGCCAUCCCCUCGCAGGUCCAGGCCCCAUGCCCAUACCUGGGAUGAACGGCAGCAAACCAGGGAGGGAAUCCCCUGUUAGCCGCAGCUUUCGUGGCAGUAACGUAUGGGACACAUCCCGGGACUCUCUCCUCUCACAUCAGAUGUACGAAGAUCAUGAGUACCCCUACUACUCGGAAGAAGACAGGGGCGGAACACCAACAGACAUCUCGUUCGACCACAACAGCGAGCUUGAUCCCACGCAACAACCUCAACGGGGUCGUAUUCGAGAUGUCCCCGUAGACUGGCGAGACUCGCCCACGCCCGGGCGCGAGCCGCGUGGUAGAGAGGCUAGAGAGAUGAGAGAUAAGUCGAGAGGCAGAGUCAGAGGCGGCACCACCGACACGAUCAAGGAAGGUGAAGUGGUCGUAGGAAGCCCAAGGGACAAGAGCAAGGCGAGGCGGACAAAGAGCAAACACCGGACAAGCGGGGGGUAUGGGGCUUAUGAUGCCAUGAGGAGACGGAGCGGUGCGGGUUUGAGCCACCAGUGGCAUGGGGAAGCCACGCAAGUACCACAACCACCACCGUUAUCAUCAAGGAAGUCAAAGACGUUUGGAACGGGGAAGCCGAGGCCUGUAAGUAUGGCGGGGAGUGUACCUGAUGGGUUGUAUGCUGGAGGAGGAUAUGCUGGACAUGCUGCCCCGGGACAUAUGGGAUAUUGGGGGCCGCGGGGACAUGGGGAGUAUUAUGACAGUGAGGAAUGAGAUGGGAGGUGAGAUUACGGUAGAGGUAUAUUGGAUAGAUAUGGAUGUCAUUUUGAUGUCUCACCCGCCUGUAAUGAUGGUCGG